CAUACGAGAGCUAAUUUGCUUAGUGUGUAGUAAAUAAGAUAGAAUAAGGUAUUCAUCCAUUUCUCCCAGCAAGUUCUGUCAUCGCAGUUCUUACUUGCUUUGUUCAACUUUUGCCAAAAAGACAGACGAAAAUACAACUGAGUCGCGUCCGAAAAACAACCCAAAAACCAAAAGCAAAACAAUACAUACGACCAAUAGUCAACAUGGGUGCCGCUUCAGCAAUCUUGAUGGUGAUAAUCACCAUCAUCUUCCCACCUCUCGGAGUCUGGAUGGUAGCCGGCUGCGGCGCCGACCUUUUGGUCAACAUCUGCCUGACAAUUCUAGGGUACAUCCCCGGUCACCUGCACGCCUUUUAUCUCGAGUACGUCUACUACGACCGCCGCGAGCAGGCGAGGGAGGGCCGCUUCCAAGCAGGUCGCGCGCCGGGCAUCUACAGCGAGAAUGUGCAGUCGGGCGGCGGCGGCUACGGAACCAUCGUCGAGCCUACUCGUUGAAAUGGGCCCAUGCGCCACCAUUAGGUUUAGGAUGCGGCCGGAGCAAUGAUGCUACCGGGUGUUCACGUUCAGGAUGUGUUGUGGCUAGGAUUUUUGGGCCAAAAGAAAAUUAGAAUGGACAAAGAUCAUUGGGUUUAGUUGGCACAGAAACUUAGAACUGUUGGACGCUGCUCGAUUCGGAAUUGCACGGUAUCAAUUUGUUGGUCCUUGGCGAUGGAAACAAAUCUUAGUCUGAACGUUGAUUUUGACAGUUCACGAAUAGGAUAAUUCAUUCUAUUUAGGACUCGGUGUCUCGCUUACAUGUACUUGUCUGAUAACAAUAAAACUGUUAUUUUGC